AUGACCCUCGUUGCCUCGACCUCGUCGCUUAAGUUGCCGUACACCAAGUCGAUGCACGUCAGCACCUCGGGCUUGGGGUCGUCUCAGUUCGGGGCGUCGUCUUCGUCGUUGAGCUCGCCGGUUCGAACACCAUUCGCGACUCGCACCGGCUCAGCGUUUUCCAACACCUCGACUUCAAAGCGGACAUCGCCUCUAUCGUCCAAGUACUCGUUAUCGACCAGGAGCUCAGAGUCCGAGGACGAAGACGACGACGUGGACAGCGACGAUUCGACGGUAGCUUUGCCCCAACAAGCGAUCCGCGCAAGCAGCGGAGGCGCGAGCGGUGCCUCCACCUCGGCCACGACUUUGCCCCCACCUCACCACCACAAGUCGUUCUCGCACUCGUCCAACUCGUCCGAUGACGACGUAUUGUCCCCUUCGGUCCAAGCCAACUACUACUUGCCCGCUGCGACGACCGUGCGCGCUUCCUCGGCGCUGACGGUCAAUGGACUGAGCACUUCUUCGGCGAGUGCGACGGCCAGGGCAGCCUCAUCCGCUUCGGCGUCGAGCAUGGGCAAGAAUCUCGCUCGCAAGCGCGCCGACUCGUUCAAGUGGUCCAAGUACGCCGGCAUGGGAUCUGUCACAAUCGAACUCGGUCUCUCCAACGAUGAACUACGACGCGUUUGA